ACUAUGAACCCCUGCAACUUCACCCACACCACUUUCAUUCUCAUAGGCCUCCCAGGACUGGAAGAUAUCCAAUUCUGGAUAGCCUUCCCUCUUCUGUCCAUGUAUGUUGUAGCAGUGCUGGGCAACUGUACAGUGGUUUUCAUUGUGAGGACAGAACAUAGCCUACAUGCCCCCAUGUAUAUCUUCCUUUGCAUGUUGGCAGCUAUUGACCUGGCCCUCUCUACCUUCACAAUGCCCAAGAUCCUUGCUCUUUUCUGGUUCAACUCUCAGGAGAUCACCUUUGAUAUGUGUCUCACCCAGAUGUUCUUCAUCCAUGCUCUUUCAGCCACUGAGUCCACUGUUCUUUUGGCCAUGGCCUUUGACCGUUACAUGGCCAUCUGCCACCCUCUUCGGCAUGCAGCUGUGCUCACCAACACUGUCACAGCUCGGAUAGGGAUAGUAGCAGUGGUGAGGGGUUCUAUCUUUUUCUUCCCAUUUCCACUGCUCAUCAAGAGGCUUCCUUUCUGUGGCUCAAACAUCCUUACCCAUUCCUACUGUGUGCAACAAGAUAUGAUGAAGUUGUCCCAUGCUGACAUCACAGCCAAUGUGGUUUAUGGGCUCACUGCCAUCCUGAUGGUUAUGGGUGUUGAUGCUUUGCUCAUCUCAGUUUCUUACUUUCUGAUUAUACGAACUGUGCUACAGCUCCCAUCUCGGACAGAACGGGCAAGGGCCUUUGGAACAUGUAUCUUACACAUUAUUGUGGUUCUGACAUUUUAUGUGCCAUUAGUUGGUCUAUCUGUGGUUCACCGUUUUGGGAACCGUCUCAAUCCCAUUGUACAUGUGCUUAUGGGUAAUAUCUACCUCAUGGUACCACCUGUCCUCAAUCCUAUCAUCUAUGCUGCCAAAACCAAGCAGAUCCGAUCCCGUGUGUUGGCCAUGUUCAAGAUCACCUGUGACAAGGAGCUUCAGGCUGAUAGUCGCAGCUGA